UCAAACUCAGUAUUCUUGUACAAUAAGAAUUUGGAUCUUUUAAAAGACACUUCAAAAGUAAUAAUGGAUCUGAUACAUCGUUUGUUGUGCUCGGCUUUUCUGAAUUUAGUUAUAAGCGUUUAUGAAGUAAGCGGUAAAUAUUGUUACUAUGUCUACUUAUACGUCUAUGGAUAUUAUUACUAUAAAUGUGAGACUGAAGUAAAUGGGGGUGCGAUAGCUGGUGCUAUAAUCGGAGUUCUUUUCGGUAUAGUAUUUAUAUCUACCGUUAUUAGUAUUUGUAAGAAAAAGUGUGGGACAAGAGUUUCAACUAUUCAUACAACACCCCAUCAUGGUGGACCAACUAUUAUCACACAACAGCAACAACAACAAGGUAAUCAUGGUCCGCCACAGAUGAUGUAUGGCCAGUAUGGACAAUAUCCACAACCAGGCGCUGUUAUGUAUGAUCAACCACCAGCAUAUCCACCACCAUCGCAACCAAAUUAUCCACCAAAAUACUAACAAUAUUAGAUAUAUAUGCACUACAAGUUCUAUAUUUUGAAUAAAUCUUUAUGUCAUAUUA